AUGGCUCAUUGUGAUGAAGACUGCUCCUGGUUUCUAUUUGCCUCACCUGACAGUAGGACAGACAGUUGGGUUGUGAAGUCCUAUGUUGGGAAGCACACAUGUUCUAGGGAAUGGGAACUGACACAGUUUAUAGCAAAGUACCUAGCAGCCAAGUACUUGGAAAAAUUCAGGGCAGAUGAUAAGAUGUCACUAAGGAAUUUUGCUAGAAUAGUCCAAGCAGACUACAACAUGACCCCAUCUAGGAGCAAGCUUGCAAGAGCAAGAAGGCUAGCAAUGAAGCAGAUCUAUGGAGAUGAGCUGAAGCAAUACAACUUAUUGUGGGACUAUUCAGCAGAGAUUAGGAGAUCAAACCCUGGAUCAAGGAUGUUUCUGAAUCUCUCUGAUGGCAAGUUCAGCAGUAUGUACAUAUCACUGGAUGCAUGCAAAAGAGGAUUCCUUCUAGGUUGUAGGCCCUUCAUCUGCAUUGAUGGGUGCCAUCUGAAAACAAAAUUUGGUGGGCAAUUGUUAACAGCAGUGGGAGUGGACCCAAAUGAUUGCAUUUUCCCCAUAGCAAUGGCUCUAGUUGAGGUGGAAGAUACUCCUACAUGGAAAUGGUUCCUGCAGACAUUGAAAGAAGAUCUUGGCAUUGAGAAUACAUCCCAAUGGACUCUCAUGAGUGAUAGGCAGAAGGGAUUGAUAAAUGCUGUGAAUGCACUGUUUCCUGACAGUACUACACCAUAG